CAGUUGACGUCUAAUUUUGUUAUUUAUUUCUGUGCUAAUGUGAUUGGAUUAUAUCACAAGUUUUUAUCAGACUCAGCACAUCGAAGAGCUUUCCUAGACGCCAGAAAUUCAAUUGAAUCUGUGAUUAAAUUAGAACGAGAGAAAAAACAGCAGGAGGAAUUGUUGGUAAGUUGUAUACCAGAAACAUUGGUCCAGGAAAUGAAAAUAAACCUACAGAGAAGCAUUUCACAUAAUUCAUCAAAAUAUUCACCUUUUCAAGAAUUGUAUGUUCGACACUAUGAUAAUGUCAGUAUCCUCUAUGCAGAUAUUGUAAAUUUUACACCACUUGCCUCUGAAUGUACCUCAGGAGAACUUGUUAAAAUGUUAAAUGAAUUAUUUGGUAGAUUUGAUCAGCUAGCUAGGAAAAGUAAUUGUAUGAGAAUCAAGAUACUAGGAGAUUGUUAUUACUGUGUAUCUGGUGUACCUGAACCUGAUAUUAACCACGCUACUAAUUGUGUUAAAAUGGGACUUCGUAUGAUAGAAGUUAUCAGAGAUGUACGAGAAGCUACUGGUGUUAAUGUUGAUAUGCGUAUUGGUAUACAUACAGGAUCAGUACUAUGUGGUGUAUUAGGACUACAGAAAUGGCAGUACGAUGUAUGGUCUGAUGAUGUUAAUAUAGCUAAUCAGAUGGAAUCAGGUGGUGUACCUGGGAGAGUUCAUAUAUCCAGUAAUACAUUAAAAUGUUUAGGAGAUACGUAUGGUGUAGAACCAGGAGAAGGUCAUUUACGCAGUCCAUUUUUAGCAGAAAAUAACAUUACUACAUAUCUUGUUAUACCACCUGUUAAAAGGGUAGGUGUUGCCUUAAUAAUGUUUUUAGCUCAGAGAUCGAGGUUUGAGAGUAAUAUGAGAGCAUCAGUUAAAGUAUCUAAAUAUCUGGAAACAUGGGGUAUAGAUCAGCCUUUCUCUAAUCUUCAUUCCAAUUCGAUGAGUGUGAUUGAAAAUGGUGUUAUUUUCAUUAAUUUAAAUUACGAAAAGUCAAAUACAGAAGAUAUAAAAACAAAAAUUUUAACCAAGAUGUAUAUUGUUGGUUUCAGAUGUCAAGAAAGUCAAGAUAUUAAUCCCUGUUUAAUAAUAUUUGAAGAUAAGAAUUAUGAACGAGAGUUUAGUAAUGAGAAUGAUGGGAUGUUUUCUUAUUAUAUCAUGUGUUCCUCUGUUAUAUUUCUAUCUAUAGUUAUAAUACAAGGCAUCAUGCUACCAAGAUCUGUGAUAUUUUAUAUAAGUUGGAUGUGUGGUCUGUUGUUGUUAUGUAUGUUAUUAAUCAUAUCUUCUAUUCAACAUUGUCUGGUAAGUUUAAAGCACCUUAAUUGUAUGCAAAGUUCCAUUUUGAACAAAUGUAAACGUUGCGAGUUAUGUCCCUUGCCAAAAUUGUCAAUAAUGAGUAAUUUAACCCGGAUGUGCUACGCCCACCUCAAUUUCUUUUGCAUAGAAAAUCGACCGGAAAAUACGACUUCUAGAGCCGAUUAUCUAUUCUUGCACAUAUUGAACUGUGGCACUUCCGGUUUUGCAAAAAAGAUCCAAAAUAUAUUUAUGCACAUCUAUUUUAUCUACAGUUAUUUACUAGCUUUAACUAGCUGCAGUGUAUUUUUACAUCUCAGUUAUUUUAUUAAACUAAGUUGUAUGUUAACUGGUUUUACUGUGUUUAACAUUAUACUCCAUCUUGAUGAGAAGAGAAUUUAUCUUUGGUCUAGUGAAGCCAGUCAUCUAGAUGUGAAGGUUACAGCUUCUAUAUACCUAGCUUUAAUUGUUAUAACAUUACAUAUCUUAGAUAGACAGAUGGAAUAUACCAAUAAGUUAGAUUUUUUGUGGAUAAAAAGGUUUGAAAAUAAAACAGAAGAAAUUAAAGUGACAGCUAAUUUAAAUAAAGUGAUAUUAGAGAAUAUUUUACCAGCUCAUGUUGCUGACUAUUUCCUUAAGUUACCCAGUAAAAGUGGUGGAAAGGCUAAUCUCUAUUAUAAUUUCUACCCCAAUGUGAGUGUGAUGUUUGCCUCCAUACCAAAUUUUAAAGAUUUCUACCAGCAGAAUACAGCUAAUAAAGAAGGCUUGGAAUGUAUUAGAGUUUUAAAUGAGAUUAUAUCAGACAUUGAUCUAUUAUUAUGUGAAGGAGAUUUUACAAGAGUAGAAAAGAUUAAGUCUAUAGGAAGUACAUACAUGGCAGCUACCGGACUACAACCUAAUAAACAGUUCGGAGAUAAUGAAACAGAGAAAAGAAAGAAUAUUGAAAUAAUGACAGAGUUUGCUGUAGCUUUAACGAGUAAAAUAGAAAAUAUUAAUAUUCAUUCUUUUAAUCAGUUUAAAGUCAGAAUAGGUUAG